AUGGAGGAACCGGAGAUGCAGCUCAAGGGGAAGAAAGUCACGGACACAUUCACUGAGAGCAUCUGCGUCCUGGCGAAUGAGCCAUCGGUGGCCCUGUACCGGCUGCAGGAGCACGUGCGCCGCUCCUUCCCGGAGCUGGCCCAGCGCCAGGUAGCCAUGCAGCGUUGGGAGGUGCAGAGCCAGGGAGCCAUCUACACCGCGGAGUACCCCCGCAGCGCCGGGAAGAAGUUGGUGGACAGCAGCGUCUACUUCCGCAGCGUGGAAGGUCUGCUCAAACAGGCCAUCAGCAUCCGAGACCAUAUGAAUGCCAGUGCCCAGGGCCACAGGUAG